AUGCGCCUCUUAAAGCUCGACGGCAACGGCGAGUUCAGCCUGGAAACAUUCCAAACCACGAUCCCUCCUUAUGCCAUACUUUCUCAUACGUGGGGAAGCGACAGCGAUGAAGUCACAUUCAAGGACGUCACGGAUAGUGCCGGAAAGCAGAAGGUUGGAUACCAGAAGCUGGUAUUCUGCGGAGGUCAAGCGAAAGCUGACGGUCUAUCCUAUUUCUGGGUGGACACCUGCUGUAUUGACAAAUCGAAUAGUACCGAGCUGGCAGAGACGAUCAACUCUAUGUUUCUCUGGUACCAGAAUGCCGCACGAUGUUACGUCUAUCUAUCCGAUGUUUCGGUACGCACGCCGGACGGUCUAGUGUCUCAUAUCGAAUGGGAAUCAUCCUUUCGUAAUAGUCGAUGGUUCACACGAGGAUGGACGCUCCAAGAGCUUGUCGCGCCGAAAACCGUCGAAUUCUAUUCCCGAGACCACGUCCGACUAGGUGAUAAGAAGUCACUCGAACGAAGCAUCUACGAUAGAACUGAAGUCGCUAUCGAGGCACUCCAAGGCCGUUCGCUUUGUGAUUUUAGCAUCGAGGAGAGGUUUCAAUGGGUUAAGAAGCGACAAACGACUAAAGAGGAGGAUAUGGCAUACUGCCUUCUUGGGAUUUUUCAAGUCUUCUUACCGCCUAUUUAUGGCGAAGGGCGAGAGCAUGCAAUAAGAAGGCUGCGACGAGAGAUCGAGGACUCCGAGCACAACAGCUCGCGUCCAUCGCGAAAGUUGGCACGUACUAUCUCUUUCGACCGCAAUCCUCGCUUCACCGGUCGCGAAUCCGAGCUUUCUCGAAUUGAGAAGCUACUCUUCCGACAUGGCCAAACCACGAAGGUCGCAAUCACUGGACUUGGGGGGGUGGGGAAGACGCAGUUAGCGAUUGAGAUAGCCUAUCGGAUCACGGAGAAACAGAGGGACCGCUCAGUAUUUUGGAUUCCUGCGACCGAUCCUGAAACCCUUCUUCAGGCGUACUCGGCAGUAGCCGAAGAGUUAGAUAUACCCGGAAGAGAUGAGCAAGGAGUAGAUGUGAGGCGACUGGUUCAGAAAUACCUCAGUAGCGAAGGCGCGGGCCAAUGGCUCAUGGUGUUUGACAACGCCGACGACAUGGAUAUGUGGAUGGGAAAAUCAACCGCUAGGCAAUCUAUCCGUCUCCUCGACUGCCUUCCAAGGAGCAAUAAGGGAAGUAUCCUCUUUACGACGCGAGAUAGGAAGCUCGCUACUAAGCUAGCGCCUCAGAACUUGGUAGAAGUGCAGGAGAUGAACCUAGAGGCGGCUUCGGAGCUCCUGCAGAAAUGCCUGAACGGACUCGAUAUAGCGCCCUACCAAACCGCAACCGAAAACUUGCUUACGCAGCUGACUUACCUUCCGCUCGCCAUCGUUCAGGCGGCAGCGUAUAUUAAUGCGAACGGCAUCUCGAUCGCGGACUAUCUUUCCUUACUCGAUGAGCAGGACGAGUCUAUAAUUGAACUUCUAAGCGAAGACUUUGAGGAUAACGGCAGAUACGAUAAUAUCAAGAACCCAGUGGCCAUAACAUGGCUAAUAUCGUUCGAGCGAAUUCGGCAGCACGACUCCCUGGCGGCAGACUACUUAUCGCUAACAGCAUGUGUUGAACCAAAAGAGAUCCCACAGUGUCUUUUUCCACCUGGUCCAUCUCGCAAGAAGGAGACAGACGCUAUCGGGACGCUUCAUGCGUAUUCAUUUCUUAGCAAACAUCCGGCCAGACUUACGGUCGAUCUUCAUCGUUUAGUACAUGUAGCUGCUCGUAAUUGGCUCCAAGAGAACGAUCAACUGGCCCAGUGGACCGAAAAGGCAAUUGUGCGACUAGAGGAGAUUUUUCCGGAUAAUACCUACACGAACCGUAGCAUAUGGAGGGCGUACCUGCCGCACGUGCGCGUUGUGCUGCAGUCUGACUUCGUCCGGAAGGAUUCGAAGAGGAGGAUAGAUCUCCAAUGGAGAUAUGGAACGUGUCUUGACGCCGACGGACGAUGGAGUGAGGCAGAGAUUGCGUAUUCCCAGGUGCUCGAAAUAGAAACGGGGUUGCUCGGCACAGAGCAUCCAGACACGCUGACCAGCAUGGCCAACCUGGCGUCGACCAUGGCCAACCUGGCGUCGACGUGGAAAGCGCAGGGUCGAGAUACAGAGGCUGUAGGUCUAAUGACGGAGUGUGCAUGGCUUCGAGAACGGGUGCUAGGGGUUAGCCAUCCGUAUUUCAUUUCUUCCUCGAAUAUGUUGGCGGACUGGGAGGCAGAACAACGAGGUGCUCGCACUGACACAAGCCACUAG